UAAAAAUAUAAAAUAACCGCAAUACUUAAGUGAAAAAAUAGUUAUUCAGAGCCGUAAAGUUCUUUAAAAAAACAAUAAUCAAUAAGUCGACUGACAGAAGAUUGAUGAAAUACCUUGGUUGCGAAUUUUAGGUUUAGGUAACUGAGGUAGAUGUUAUAAUUUUAUUUUUGUUCACAACAAGCAAGUAAAUUAAAAUAUUAUUUUGAAGCAUCUAUACAAGUAAUUUACCUACUAUUUUAAUAAGUUUCGUUAAUUUAUCUACAAAAAUUGGGAAAAGAAAGUCAAGAUGCCUUUUAUGAAAGGUAAAGCACCCAUUCGCCGCACAUUAAACUAUUUAAACGCUGGCAAAUUGGUAUUGAAAGACAAAAUCAAAGUAUUUUCUGUGGCCUACAACAUCCUCGGACAAAACAAUAAUGGUGCAAAAGACUUUGUUUUCUGGUAUCUUCCGCAAAUUCAAUACAAAAACCCUAAUGUUCAAGUCGCUACAUUAAAAAAUCUGACACCAUCUCCGUUCAUAAAGUGUUAUUUGGAAGAUGGAAAAAAGAUAUUAAUUGACAUAGACAAUAAAUCGAAAGAAGAUAUAUUAGAACAUUUAUUAUCUACUAUUGGUAAAUCUAAAGAUGUUUUGGAAGCUGAAGCAAUAGCUGCAGAAAAAAAGGAUAAUCCGGCUAAUUUUGGUGUUGGUUGUGAAAGACCAUGCAUUUGUGAAGUGUAUGGACAAGUACCUUGUCCAGGUGUUGUUCCUUUGCCUAAAUUUAUGAGAGGGAAAUAUAAAAAUCAAGAUUAAUAUGUAAUAGAAUAGAUAGAUCAUAAUCAUUGUAUAAUAUAGUUUGUUGCUCUUGUUGCAUAUACUUGUAUCAUUUUUUAA